AUGGGAAAGGUAGAGCGGAAACAAACCAAGGCGGAGACAGAACCUCCUCCAAAGCUAGAGCCUCCGGAAAGAAGAAAUAGGCCAGCUCUCUGUUCGCUGGGCUACAAUCCAGGACUGGAAGGUUCUCGGUUCCCCGACUUUCUGGAUCAUCAGGAUCACUCUCUCGUUGCUCUGGGUUCUACGAAGAAAUGGAUUCGACCGGGUGGUUUGGAGGAAGUUUUCACGAUGCUCGAGAGGUAUCAAGACACGGCCAGGCUCGUAGCUGGAAACACCAGCACAGGGAUUUACAAGGACGAUCUCCAGUCCAGUCCGGAAGUUUUCAUAGAGAUCGGUGCCGUUCCAGAGGUCCUGGAGGAGAAAGCUACCAAGGAUGGGAUUGAAGUCGGUGCUGCCGUGAAGAUAUCCAAGCUUAUAGCUCUCCUCGAAGCAUUUGGCCGCAGUGAUUCGAGCGGAGUUUAUCUCAAGUUGGCCGAGCACAUGAGAAAAGUGGCAACUUUGCACGUAAGAAACGCGGGGAGUGUGGGAGGAAAUCUGAUCCUGGCACAAAAGCUCGGCUUCGACUCCGACAUUGCGACUUUGCUGGUUGGAGCCGGCGCUUCGGUCAAGGUGGUGACGCAGAAGUUUGGAGAAUCACGGCAGUCUGUGGAGGACUUUGUGGCAGCUACAUGGGACGGGAAAAGCAUUUUAAAGUCGAUCUGCAUCCCAUCCUACAGCAAGCAGGACAACGUCAGGUUUGACUCAUACAGGGCAUCACCUCGGCCUCUCGGAAACGCCGUGGCUUACGUGAAUGCGGCGUUUCUCGUCAAUCUCUCGGGUGACGGACGAGUUUGCGAGUCGAGGCUCGCGUUCGGUGCUUUUGGAGGAGAGCCUACUUGUCAGCGUGCUACUGAAGUUGAGAGGUUUCUCGAAGGGAAGGUGGUGGACAGUGGAGUUAUGUUGGAGGCCAUCCAGCUCGCGAAGGCCCAGAAUGGAAGCAUCCCGAGGUCGUCAAGAAAGAUCAUGUCUGGGAGACAGACAUUGCAAGAACAUCUCCAGGGAGCUGUCGGACAGCCAAUGUCCAAGGUUAUGGGAGAGCUUCAAGCUUCAGCUCCGAGGGACUGCGUGCACGCAGUCUAUGUUUACAGUACGAAAGCAUUGGCCAAGGUAAACGGAAUCCGGCUGGAGAAUGCACUGGCUUCGCCUGGCGCGGUGUCCUUCGUUGGAGUUGAUGACAUUCCUUCUGGCGGACAGAAUAUGAGCCUCGUCUCCGAUCUCUCUCAAGAAAAGCUCUUCGCCGAGGACAAAGUCGAGUGCGUGGGCCAUGCCGUCGGACUUAUGAUUGCGGACACGCUGAGAAACGCCAAGGCCGCCGCCGGCAAAGUUGUGAUUGAUUACGACACGGAGUCUGUCGGCUCUCCCGUGCUAACCAUGGAAGAAGCGGUUGCCAGAGGGGAACUCCACGAGAUCCCACAGUUUUGCAAGGAUGUGAUGAAGGACAAACACGGUAAUGUUGCCGAAGAGAUGGCCAAGGUGCGCACAGGGUCGCAGUACUAUUUCUACAUGGAACCACAGACUGCGUUGGUCGUUCCGGACGAGGACAACUGUCUCGUCGUCUACAGUUCCUGCCAGAGCCCCGACUUUGAGCGGACGAGGCCACCUUUGUGGCUCUCCUCACGAGCUGAUGAACUGGACGACGCUGUGGCCAUGGCCGAGUCCAUGCCUCGUGAAGGAGAAGUGAGUGCUGUAGCAUGGAUGGGAGUUUUAAGUGCCUGCUCCAAGUCUGGAAACGUUGCUCUGGGAAGGCUGGCAUUCGAUGCGUUGUUGAAAAUGGACAAAGCCGGCGACACAGCUUACCAGAUGAUGGCAAGCUUAUACGAGAGAAGGUAA